CAAAAUCCCUAACUACAUACUUCGAUGGUAUUAUGCGAGCCAUAAUCUGUUCAUCUCGGGGAGUCACCCUCUUCAUACAAACCAGAAGAGCCGGUCGCGUUUCCAUCGCGUGUUUCCGAGGCGUGCGGUAUUCCAGCGUUUCAUCGGAUUGCGUCGAUGAGACACUCUUGCUUCCCAUCGGAAACAAUGGAUCGAUUGAUUUGAAAAUUACGCGACCAAGCACAUUACGCUCAAAUGAGGCAGCACCCGUCGGUCCAAAUGUGAUUCUCUAUCUUCCACCAGGACCUUUGUUCCAGGAUCACCAUACGGAAGCAUCUAAGAUAGAUGGAGAUCCAACAUUAAAUGUUGAUCAUGCAAAAACCGGGGAUAUGCAAGCUCCAAACCAUGCACCCUCACCACAACAUGUUCUAGCAAACACUGCAUCAGCAGUGGUAGUAACAGUCAACUACCGUCUCGGAGAGACCAAACAACAAAUAUCUUCCCCUUUAUCAACCUCAAAUCAACAAGGGCAAAUUGAAACCCUGGAUCCAACAAACACAAACCCUCAACCAGAAACAUACAAAUACCCAACCCCAGUCCACGACACUCUAGCCGGCUUCGACUGGAUCCAAGCCAACCUACAACCCUCAAAACUAGCAAUAUACGGUACCCACAUCGGCGGAUCCCUAGCGCUCAUGCUAGCCCUCACAGAAGCGCAAUCAAUCCACGCAGUAGCAGCCACAAACCCAGUCUGCGACUGGCCCAGCCUGGACGAAUAUUGCACAAGAGAAACCACCAUCACCAACAUAGACAUCGACUCAGAAAACAAUGGCACGCCACCAUCAACAGUCGCCCAAAAACAAAAACGCCACCCAAGAAAAAGAAUCGCACCAAAAGAUCUGGUCCCUCUCCUACGCGCCCGCGAACGAUUCUUCACAGCCCCAGAACGCUGCUUCGACUCCUUCGCCUCACCAAUCCUCUUCCUCCGCUCUGCAGGGCGCGAAGUGCCGCGUACAUUCCCGAGUUAUCUCACCGGACCGGAGUAUCCAGUUCCCGUCCUGCGGAAUACGCGGAAUAUGACAGCUGCUGAGCAAUAUGAUGCUGCUGACGGGUCGCUUUGGGAUCGGGAUGUAUAUCCCAAUAUCGAUUCUGAGGAAGGGGAUGGUGAUGGGAUUGAUAAUCUCCCUGGUACGGUGACUCGUCGGCGGAAGGCUCUUUCACGGUGGCCGCCUUAUGGGCUUGAUUAUGGUCUUAGCGGGAAGAAUUGGUCUGGGCCUGGUGAUGGGAUUCGGAGGUUGGAGGUUUGUUUGCCUUUUGUUAGGGUCUUUGCGGGGGAUGGGGUUGGGGAGGGGCUGGAUGCGUUGUCUGAGGGUGAGGGUGAGGGUUCUUUGGCUCGGAAGGGUGGGAAGGGGAAAGACGGGAGUGUUGGGACUACGGUUCUUGCGCGGCAGGCUGAGGAGAUGGUUUCUGUGAUGCGGAGGGCUUGCUUUUGGGGGAGGGAAAAGGGGUUUGGGGAGCGGAGGGUUGUAUUGUCUAAGGUUCUGAGUGACGUUGAUCAAUCAGGGGAGGUUGGGGAUUGGUUUAGGUAUGUGUUUGAGGCGACGAUGGAUGAUGUUGAUUAA